UUUAAGAAGGAAUGCAACUGAGGCAUUAUCAAUUAUGAUACAAACAUAUUUAAAACACAUAGAAAUUUUGGGUCCAAUGUUUCCAGAAGCAAGGUGAGUACCUUAUAUCUCUCUGAGAGAUAUCAAUUAGACAUCAAUCAAUAUCUAUAGCAAUACUGAGUUAUCACAUACAAGCUAAAUAGAAUGACACAGCUAACUUUGCACAUAAUGCUUACGGUUAGAUUCAUGCUUUCACUUACAUUUCAAGGGCCCCAUAAGGGACUUCCAUAAGAACAAUUAAAAAUAGAAUCAACGGAAAUAUGCUUUUGAACAACUAACUGCGGUAAACAAGUUUGUAUUUCUACAAUAGAAACGCAAAAUUCCAGAGCCAGAUGCAGGCAUACCCGGAACCUACAAACUACGUCCGCUAAGCAAGGAGUAACAGCCACAUGAUGCAAUCAAAUAGUGGCAGUAGGGGUGUGCCAAAAUAUCGAUACGACAUAUCGCGAUAUUUCGUCUUGCGGGACGUUAUCGAUAUGCUGACGCCAAAUAUCGAUAUUUAAACAAUAAACAUACAUCCGUUCUAAACAGAUUCUCUCACAAAAACCCGCUACAGAUUUAAUAUACAGAGUCACUACUUCAAGACCCCACAUGAGGCGCUCAUGAAUUAGAGUGAAAGCCGCAGUCAGUGAAAAACAAAGAAGAAGAGGGAGACGCAUACGGAGGAAUGGCGCAAAGCGGGGGAUUCGAAAACGGGAACAGACCAAAGCCGGUGAAAGAUGCACCGUCGACUUUCAAAUCAAAAGUCUGGGCCCACUUCGGCUUUUACCAGACUGACAGUGCAACGCUCGAUAAAGAGUUCGCAAUCUGCAAGAACUGCCUCGCUAAGGUCAAGUACACUGGCAACACAACGAACAUGCACAGCCAUCUUGUCCGUCAUCAUCCCGAGCUUGCCGCGGAGGAGAGGAAUGCUUCUGUAAACCAGCCUACAAUCAACACUGCAUUUAAAGCAAAGCUUCCUUCUGGGUCCCCCAGGGCUGCAAGUAUUACAAAGUCCAUUGCUUGCUUCAUUUGUAAAGAUCUCAGACCAUAUAGUGUAGUUGAAAAUGAAGGUUUCCGCCGAAUGUUAAAUACACUGGAACCAAGAUAUGACAUACCCGGUAGGUAAUACUUCACUGAAAAAGCAAUUCCCGCUUUGUAUACAGAGACGAAAGCACAUGUGGAAAACGCACUUCAGUCUGCUGAGAGAGUUGCACUUACAUGCGACGCGUGGACGUCCAGGGCCACAGAAUCAUUUGUGACAUUCACUGUUCAUUUUCUUCUGGAGUGGGAACUGCAGUCCUAUGUUCUCCAGACCCGGGCGAUGUCCGAGUCGCACACCGGUGCCAACAUGGCAGAAGUCAUACGGAAGGCUACGGAAGAGUGGAAGCUCACGGGGAAAGACCCGGCGGUUGUCACUGACAACGCAUCUAAUAUGACUGUUGCUGUUGAGCUAACUGGAUACCAACACGUUCGGUGUUUUGCACACGUGCUUAACCUUGCUGCACAGCACGCACUGAAAGUGCCAGCUGUUGCUCGACUGACCGGGAGAGUCCGCAGGAUUUCAACGUUUUUUCACAGAAGCACUACAGCCGCCGAUGCACUGAAGAGAAACCAAAGGAUGCUUGCACUGUCACAUCACAAGCUGAUCACAGACGUUGCUGUACGGUGGAACAGCGCUUAUGAGAUGCUGGCCAGGUUCCUUGAGCAGCAGCCUGCCGUCUGUGCUGCCCUCUUAUCUCCUGAGGUAGGUUUAUUUAUUCUAAUAUAAUGUAAUAUUUUUGCUGAUAGCAUAACGUUUGUGUAUUGAGUCUGUGUGUGUAAGUGUUUUGUUUAUGCAUCAUAUGUAGAUUAAAUUAAUAAUGUGUUUGUGAAAAAAUAUAAAUAUAAAUAUGCUCAUAAUUGUAAUAUUAUCUCAUGAUUUCUUGUUCUAUGUGGCUCUGUUCUUGCAUUAAGGCAUAGGCAAGUUGAAUUCUGAGCAGGUUACAAAUUACAAGCGAAUGUAGUGUAAUAAUAUAAUUAUGAAAAUUCAAAAUGUACAUUUAAUUGAUGUUUUUAAUGAAAGUUCCAUUCUGUCUGCCUGUGUUCUUUCAUUAAGGUAAGAAAGAGCACUAGUGACAUCUGCACCCUGAAUGAGACCGACAUCUCAAAUGCCGAACAGGUUGUGCAAGCCCUCAAGCCAAUGCUGGUGGCAACAAAAAUGUGCGAGGAGAAGAGCCCAACAAUCUCCAUAAUUGCUCCGCUCCUUGCCCAGCUUUUGAGUGACACCACUGCCACCAUUGAAGAUUCCUCUCUCGUUAGAGAGAUCAAGACCGCCAUCCUCCGAGACCUGUCCAGGCGCUAUGACUCUAUGGAGGAGAAAAAGUUCCUGCGCAUCUCGUCAGCCUUAGACCCCAGGUUUAAGUCUCUGCAGUUCCUAUUGCCACAAGACGCCCAGGACACAAACACCAAAUUAAUGGAAAUGGCUGCUGCUCUCAAGGAAGAUGAUGCAGACAUGGAUACAUUUCAAGUGAGCCCUGACGACAAGGAGGGAAGCCCUGACCCACAGACUCCAGAGACUAGCGCAGUGAGGGCACACACACCAAGGAAGAGGAAGUCUGCGCUCACUGAUCUCCUUGGUCAGACAUUCAAGAUGACCCACCAACGACUGUCGGCUUCUUCCUUGGCAGAAAGAGAGGUCAAGCAAUACCUAGAUGCUCCACCACUAGCACUGACUGAUGACCCGUUGCACUGGUGGAAGUCUCAUGCUCAAGCCUACCCACUCCUUGCCAAGCUGGCCCAAAGACAUCUCUGUGUCCCAGGGACCAGUGUACCUGCGGAACGUGUCUUCUCUACAGCAGGUGACAUAAUCAGCUCUCAAAGGAGCUGUCUCACCUCUGAGCAUGCUGACCAGUUGCUCUUCCUGAAGAAGAACAUGCUGUUUUGAAACGUUUGCACAUUACAGAUUCAGUUGAAUUUUAUUUUUGCUCUGUGUUAACUUUGUUCUUUGUGUUCAUAAAACAAUUUGAUUCUACUUGUUCAGCAGCACUGUGUCCAUUGUUUACAGAAAAGUUGAUUACUAAGCAAUGAAAUGUUUUCUACAUUUAUUUUGUUUUCUAAUCUUCUGUUACUUUGCAUAAAAUGUUUUUGUAAUAAAUUCUGAAUUUCUUCAGUGACACAGAUAUCGUGAUGUAUCGUGGGUGAAAUUUCUUGCAAUAUAUCGAUAAUCGCAGAAUCGCUGUAUCGUGAUCGUGGGUAAAAUAUCGUGAUAGUAUCGUAUCGUGGGGUACCUAGUGAUACCCAGCCCUAAGUGGCAGGGGUUUGAAUGAAUUCUGUUUUUGUGUUCAACCAUUCACAAAAAUAUUGAUUGUAUAAUUUAUAUAAAAUCAGCAAAGUUUUGUCAAAUUUACCAUGGAUACAGCAGAAGGACUAUCAGAACAAUUAGAUGCCAUCUCCCGAAUGAUCUAUCAAAUUAAGCUAGCCUUGGUUAUGCAUUGGCAUAACCAAGAGGGGUGUGUGGGAUGAUAGGGGCGACAUGUUGUGCGUUUAUCCCCAACAACACAGCUCUGGAUGGGUCGGUGGUCAGGGCUCUGGAAGGAUUAUAGUGCCUCAGAUUAGAGUUGGCAGAGAACUCCGGAAUCAAUAACCCCUUCUCAGGACGGAUGGAGAGCCUGUGAGCAGUGAGUGCUAAAGGGGCACCAGGUGUCAUCCAAGAGUACAUGGAGAUCCAGUUGAACCUGGAGGCACAAAUGAGGAUCCAAAGGAGGCCCGACCCGAUCCUACCGGUUGGGAACAUAUGCCCUUGCCAAAGAGGGACGAACAUUGGACUGUGAUAUCUCAAACACCAGGUGGAGGCUCACGAAAUGUGUUAGUAACCUCUUCAUGUGAGCCGGCCUCGUGAUCAACAAGGCUUGAUUUCAGCCAACAGGAGCAACAUCUUUGACCUUGUCCAAAACCCCCCACCUGUAUCCUGCGCACCAAUACAUGAAGAUCACCUGAGCCAUUAAGUUCCGUGCAAACCUACAGACAAUCUCAAGAUUUCAAAUGCUGAAAUGUCCAUGUUUGGGUACAUUAUCAUGACGCAUAUUUUCAAAAUUAUUAAUUUUUAGUUUAUUAUUAUGUCACAUAUUUUGGAGAAUGAUGAUUUUCAAUGCAUGCUGAAAACAUAUUGUUAUAAUUUUUAUGAGGGUAUUUUAGGUACACAUUUGAUUUGGUUGUAUUCUAAAUGUGGAAACAUUGUGGUGUUAUGUUUAGAAAGGGUUAGGGUUUAUGAAUACUUUGCGGGAGUCAAAAAUAUUGGACACAAUACACCACAUUUGGCAAUCUUUUUCAUCACCAGGUUGCAAUCCCUGGAUGCAGGUUGAAACCCCUGCUUUAGAUUAGCGAUGUUUUUUCUAGGUAGCCAGAUGUGGUACUAUUCUGAUCCAAUUGCCGGCACAUAAUCUCAUAGACUAAUUAAUAGAUAAAGGGGACAUGAGGCUCAAACACAUAUCCCCCCUUUGGGCAAGCCUCAAAGGGGGGAUAUGUGGUAGAAAUUAACCUUACAUUUUAUGUUAAACUAUGAUUAUUAUUAGGCCUACAUAUCAUAUAGAUACUUUAAUAGUGGAAAACAGCUGAUCACCUUUAGCCUAGAUGUUAUGUGCCGUGUGACACCAGUGAGUGAGUCCAGUCCAUUCCCAUCUGAUGUGUCACACCAGUAAGAGAGUCCAGUCUACUCCCAUUUUGAUGUACUCUCUGAAGACAAUGCUUACAUUCACACGUGUGAAUCAUCUCUGUUUGUAUAAGGAUAAUAUAUGUUCUAAGGUCACAUUGGGAUCCAGAAGACAUGAGAAUAUGCUGACAUCCACACAGUAUGACCCAGAAAAACAUUCUAUGCACAUCAAUAUUAGAUGAAAGUCCAACUUUGUAUUGUGUAAAGGAUCGGGGAUAUAAGGAGCUGUCCGGGAUUCAUUCGGCAGUGUGUAUUCGCGAAUACCAUUCGGCUUUGUUGUCUCUCGUUUGCGGGUGGCAAUAAACUCUCCAUCUAUACUUGACCUGGACUCUCCGAUUCCUCUUUGCUUAUAGCUAGUUGAAGUGAAUUAGAUAAGUUGUUAUUAGAAAUCCCACCACACGCCCUAUAGCCGCUGUCUGCAGCCGCUGUGGUAAGUGUGAGCCGGGUCAGGUGUGUUCGCGCGCCCGUGCCGGCUACCAGAGCCCUCUGGUUAUUCGGUGUUGGGGGAAGUGCAAUUUGCCAGAAUGGCCCCACACCACUGCAGAAUCUGCAGCGCGGCGAUGAGCGCUGACGAUGGGCACAGAGAGUGCCCUGAUUGCCUGGGGGCCGUCCACGUGCUGGAGGACGUAGGCAACCCCUGCAGUGCGGUAGUUGA